AAGAGUCGAACAGUUACUCACUAGGAAGGCUUGGGACCGCACACGUCUCACCAGCUCCAGCCAACUUUGUUCUACAUCACCCACGUAUUCCCCCACUUACUCUACAGUACAUCCCAGUCUGUCUCCAGUUUGUAGCUACGUAAACAAUAGUGAAGAGGUAACGAGGAUGCAGAAAACAGCUAUAGCGAUGGUCACUCGCCUAGGGACAGUGUUGGCAGUCUUGCUAACUCUUCCUCAGGCGUUUGGUCACAACUUCAUACGGCGAGGAGAACCUUCAACUUUUACAUAUAAGAGAAACUUUACCAUGCCUGGGGUUACUCCCAAAGAGGCAGAUGCUUACUUGUGUACGGCAGUGGAACUGAAUGAGAAUCUAGAGGGGGUAGUUAAGUUUGACCCUCUAGCCUCAGCCAACAGGGCCCACCACAUGCUGUUGUUUGGCUGCUCAGACGUUCCCCAAAAUAUGAGGGAUGGCUACUGGGACUGUGGCCAUGGUGUAUGUGAAGGAAGCAGAAUAAUGUAUGCAUGGGCUAAGAAUGCACCAUCCACAGUUCUACCUAAAGGGGUUGGCUUUCACAUUGGUGGGAAAACAGGAAUACGAUUUUCAACACUUCAAAUCCAUUAUGCAAAGCCAUUACCAGAUGGUGUGGCUGACCAUUCUGGCCUACAAAUGGAGCUUACAGAGCAACAACAAAAGUACAAAGCUGGGAUAUACUUACUGGCAGCUGGUAAUAUUGAUAUCCCGCCACACACUGAAAAAACACAUGCUGAUAUGAACUGCAUGAUUGGAAACUCUGGUGAGCCUAAAGAUAUAUAUCUGUUUGCAUAUCGUGUUCAUGCUUACGACUUGGGGACCGUCAUCUCAGGAUAUUUGUUUGAUCCAGAGACAAAAGAAUAUACAGAAAUAGCAAAGGGUAACCCACACUGGCCACAAGCAUUCUACCCAAUGCAUGACAUACAUCAUAUAAGAACCAGUGACAUACUUCAUGCUCGCUGUACCUGGAACUCAACAACCCGGAACCGUCAUACAUUUAUAGGCAGCACCUCAGGAGAUGAAAUGUGUAAUCUCUACUUGAUGUAUUACACUGACCGAGAACAAGGCUCAGAAAUGGGUGGAUGUGGAUAUGAAACUUUUCCUCACAUUACUCAUAAUCUUCCUGUGGAUAGUGAUGUGCCUUUACCUCCUAAUCCCCUUCUGGAGGAACAUGCACAUGGUGAAAACAAGCAUGAUGAAAAAGCAUACUCAUACGGCAAUGUAGGUGGGGAAUCAAUUGAGCUAGAGAAGAAGGCUCAUUCUCGCAAAGAUCCACGACCAGGUUACUUUGAAAAUAUUGCUGAAUUAGACUACGACACGCAGUAUGAUAGACUGCCACAUAAAGUCUUGCCUCCAUAUCGUCAAAGGUUCGGAGGCAACAGGAUCAUCCCAAGUCUUCAGUUACCUGAAGAUACACAAGAACCUGUGAUAGAUCAGACACCAAGGAAGUCAAAACAGCUGAAAUCAUCUGCAUAUCGUUUAGUGAACAAUUGGGGCCAAAAAGAAGUGAAAUAUGGACAAGUAGUUGCAGUUGCCUUGGACUCUCAUGGUGAUGUGGUUGUUUUCCAUCGAGGAAACCAGACGUGGGACGGCUCAACUUUUGUAGGCAACACUUUGAAGAAUAAGAAGAAAACCAUUGCUGAGCCAGCUCUUUUACAUUUGGAUAAGGACACUGGUCAUAUCUUACACAAAUGGGGAGAAAAUUAUUUCUUCAUGCCUCACGGUCUAACAUUGGAUAAGGAUGACAACAUCUGGGUAACUGAUGUUGGUCUUCAUCAAGUUUUGAAGUUCCCUGCAGGGUAUGGCGAAGGACAACCUCUACUAACACUUGGCACCAGAUUUGAACCAGGAAGAGAUAGGACUCAUUUUUGCAAGCCAACUGGAAUUGCUGUCUUGAACAAUGGAGAAUUUUUUGUUUCUGAUGGCUACUGCAAUGCUCGAGUCAUUAAAUACUCUGCUGAUGGAAAAUUUCUCUUUCAAUUUGGAGAACGAAGUGUUGGUAGUAUUGGAAGUUAUUUAGGCAAUCCUGAUCCAGGGACAUUCAACAUUCCCCAUGCAUUGGCUCUUGCUGAGGACAAGGGGGAAUUGUGUGUUGCUGACCGAGAAAAUGGAAGGGUACAAUGUUUUACUAUUGAGCAGGGGAAAUUUACGAGGCAGUUCCAGUACGAUGCUUGGGGAGGUCGUGUGUUUUCUCUCAGCUAUACCCCAGCUUUUGGUGGGAAGUUAUUUACAGUUAAUGGGCCACAAAUGUUUGGUCUGCAGAAACUAUCAGUUUUUGAAGUGUCCUUCACAUCCAGAGAGCUUCAAGGUGCAUUUAGCCCAAACAACCAGGGAUUGAGUCAACCCCAUGAUGUUGUUGCCUCUGUUGACGGAUUUGAUGUCUAUGUUGCGGAAAUUGGACCAAAUAAGUUGUGGAAAUUUGAAUUAGAAUCUGCAAUGAAGGUACAUAAAAAAAAUAUAAAUGCCACGCAGUUACCCAAGAUUGAGAUUAAAUCUACAGAUCACAUGGAAGACACAAGUAAAGUUGUGAAAGUACCCAUUGCACUGAGGAGUAAAUGGUCUUCUAUUGGAGUGUCAACUGUAGUACUGGGACUUUUGGCUGUCCCAAUAAUUGUCCUCACUGCUCUUACCCUCAUUAUACGGGCGAGGGGAACUGGACGUUUCAAAGUGAAAAAUCUCCAUAAUGGAUCUCUGGGUGCAUCUGUCCUUGGUCGCUCAGGAAAACAUGAAAAUGUAGAAAUUGGUUCCUUGUUAAAUAAACACCAUGGAUUUGAGAAAGUAGCAACUGAAGAUUUAGACCUUGAUGGUCCAGUAGGCGACUCAGACAUAGAAGAAUUUUCUCAAGUUGCAACUAGAGCGUGAAAAUUUUAUUUAGUUUUAGUUUUUUACCAAAUCCCUAGAUAAUUACCUAUAGAAAAUUAAUAGGCAUAUGCUUGUAAAACAUUUUUAAGAAAAACUAACCAACUUUCAGUUUCAGUAUAAUCAGACUGCAUAUACAGUAUCCAGAAUCUUACACUGCUUCCCAGAAUUAAUUUUAUACCUAUGCUGUUUUAAGCAUUUUUAAAAACUACUAUGCUCUUCCAAACUUCCCAGUAGACUGUAGAACCAGUUGGAGCCAAUAAAUAUUUGUAACUGAGAAGCACACUGCAGUUGCAAAUGAAAGGUUAUUGUUACCUACCAAAUAUAAGGUGGGUAAUCUAUCAUUUUACUGGAGGAUGAUAUCUCAGUUAGGGUAAACGGAAAAGUCAAAGUAAAGGGAAAGGCUGUAUAAUGUCAUAACACAUAUUGAUUCAUAACCAUUACCUUAGUUACCUUGGCCCUUUUACUUCCCAUAGUGGAUGAAAUUUAGUGCCCUACGGACAUAAGGCUAGAAUGACCAGUACUAAACCAGUUGUAGAUGGAUCAAAUUAAGAGUAUUGUACUGUACAGUACUGUAUACCAAGUAAAGUAUGUCUUGUGGUUGGGGGACUUUAAUCUAGGCUCUUGAAUAUGAUAGAUAAGUGCUGAAACCACUUGGUCAAGACAUCCACAGCAUGAAAUAACUCCAUUUAUAAAAACCAUGUUGUCAGUCCAUUUUCUAUAAGUAGAGAUUAGGAGUAGGGAAGCAAAGAGAUGUGGAGAGGUAGAAGUAAGAGAUGUGAAUUACUUUUAGGGAAAAGUUUGGAGAGUUGGUGUGUUAAUCUGACUAUGAGUCGAGCCAUCAGAGAUGUAAAGACCACUUCCAAGGUGACGCUAUUUAUACAGAACUUUGUAGAUGAGAUGAGCUAAUACGAAAUAUUUAAUACUGUAUUCGCAUUUUUUGUCUUGAGAAAUAGGGAUGUUGACAUAAAGGCAGUUAGUGAAGAGCGUAUAAUGUAUGUUAUCAGUACAAAUCACAGUAAUGCAGUAAGUAAUAAUUUAUCAUGAUCUUUUACUUUGCUUUUAAAGUUUGUGGAAAAGAUAUCUUUAGAUAAUUUAAAGAGAUAUUUCUUACCUAAGAAUUCUACGAAAGGAUUUCCAUUCAUACUAUGUAAAUUAUUUCUUUAAUCAAUUUUUAUGUACUGUAUGUAUUAAGCGUAUUUACAAGUUAACAGGGUUUAUAUAAGAUAAUUCCUUCCUGCUGUUUGCAAUUUUAAGAGUAAAGCAGUAGCACAGAUGUGGGAAUUAACAACAUUAUUGUGGAUGUUCUUAAGGAGCUCAAAUUGGGGGAGCAAAAAAUUACUAAAUGUAUUUGUGAAGACCUAAUAAGAACUUGAAACAUAUUGAAAUACAGUAUAAGGAGAAAUAAUUUCACCUGUCUGAUAAAGUAACAGGCUUGGAAAACAACAGAGCUUAGUUAUAAGAACUUACAAACACGCAUUGUGCAAAAUUUAUUUAUAAUUACAGUAUUACUGAAUGUUUGCAAUGUGUAACUUACCAUGUAUGUUUGCCACAUGAAUUUGCCAUGACAAACAUUUACUCAUGUUCAUUAGUUACAACACAAACACACACAGGUAUACACAGAUGUACACACACACACUUAUAUAAUCAAAAACACAAAACAAAACAUACACUGUAUACUGUAUGUGAUUACUGUACUUCUCAUGUUGCUGUACAGUACUAUUACAAAGCAUUUUCAUAUAUGGGAAAAGUCAAAUGUAAAUAUAAAGUAUGACGAGAUAUUUAUAAAGCUUAUUUCUUUAUUGCAAUGAAGACAAAAAGUCUUUACAUAUAUUUUGGGUAUUUGUUCAUAUAUUUUAAUGUUUAUGUAGUAUUUUGAAUCUUCAGUGGAGAGUAAAUUUUUCAUAGUUUCCAUUAACAUUCCCUUUAUUAUUGACUGAAGUUCAUUUUAUGCAUUCGAGUUUCUUUAGUUUUGUGUUCAAAAACAUUUUUGGAUCCAGUAAGUUGUGAAUACUGCCUGCCUUCCCUUCUUAGUCAUAGUCUGAAUCAAACUAUGAUCCCAUAGUAUUGUUUUAGUUAGUUUUCAUCUUAGUCUCAUUAACACAGUACAGUACAGUAUAUGGAAUAUUUAAUACUGUACUAAAUAAGUUUUACUAAGUAAAAAUUAUGGCAGUACUGUAUUGAGAGAAGUUGGUGUAUUUAAUAUAAUUUGCCUAUGGCAUGUAGUUCUCAGUAGUGAGUGGUGUGUAUUAUAUAUAUAGUAAGAAAUAUAUAUUUAUGUAUGUACAGUUGCCCACAAGUAUAGUGUUCCACCCCUCCGUGGCCUUUCUGAACAUGUGACAAUGUCAGAGUCACUUUAUGAAUGAAUCAGUAAUGUGACGAGAACAGUUGCCAACAACUGCUCUCCUCAGAUUGCUGAUUCAAUCAUAAGU